UACAUCAGUAGUUCAUGUAUUACUUCAAAAUAUCAAGAACUUAGAGUUAUUUUUUAGCUCAUUUGCAGCCAUGAAAUUACUGAAUAUCAUUAUAUUUUUCUGCAUAUUUGGCUGUAUAUUAUGGCCUAGUAUGCAGAUCAACCUAGAGACUUACAUAGUUCAAGUUGAAUCUCCAGAAAACAAAAUUUCUACUCAAUCUUUAUCACAUGAUCUUGAGAGUUGGUACCAAUCUUUUUUGCCAAAUACAAUAUCAAGUACAAGCUCAAAUGAAGAAUCGCGGUUAAUAUAUUCAUAUCAUAAUGUGAUGAAAGGUUUUGCAGCAAGAUUAUCAGCAGAGGAAGUGAAAGAAAUGGAGAAGAAACCAGGCUUUGUAUAUGCAUGGCCAGAGAGGAUAUUGUCUUUACACACUACACAUACCCCGAGUUUUCUUGGAUUGCAGCAGAACAUGGGAAUGUGGAAGGAUUCAAACUAUGGAAAAGGUGUGAUUAUUGGAGUUUUGGACAGUGGGAUAUUUCCUGAUCAUCCUUCGUUUAGCGACAAAGGAAUGCCUCCUCCGCCUGUUAAAUGGAAGGGAAAGUGUGAAUCGAACUUCAGUACGAAAUGCAACAACAAGCUCAUUGGCGCGAGGACAUUUCCUCAAGCCAAUGGUUCGCCAAUAGAUGAUGACGGACAUGGUACACACACUGCAAGUACUGCUGCUGGAGGUUUUGUGGAAGGUGCUAAUGUGUAUGGAAAUGCUAAUGGCACUGCAGUUGGGAUUGCCCCUCUUGCUCAUCUUGCCAUUUAUAAGAUUUGCGAUUCUUUUGGUUGCUCUGACAGUGGUAUUUUAGCGGCUAUGGAUGCAGCUAUUGAUGAUGGAGUUGAUAUCUUAUCCCUUUCCGUUGGUACAAGUACAAGUCCGUUCCAUAAUGAUCCGAUUGCACUUGGCGCGUAUAGUGCAACACAAAGAGGUAUUCUUGUUGUUUGCUCUGCAGGUAAUAGUGGUCCAUCCGAAAGCUCGGUUCUAAAUGAAGCACCAUGGAUUCUCACAGUAGGAGCAAGUACUCUUGACAGGAAAAUUAAGGCUACUGUUCAGCUCGGGAACAAGAAAGUAUUUGAGGGCGAGUCGGCCUUUCAUCCAAAGGCUUUUAGUACAAAAUUCUUCCCUUUGUUUGAUCCUGCACUAGAUGGAAGUGAGUUUGACAGUUCUUAUUGCGGAACAGGUACACUGACUAACCCUGCUAUUAAAGGCAAAAUAGUCUUGUGUAUGGUAGGUGGUGGUUAUUCCAGGAUUGUAAAAGGACAAGCAGUUCAGGAUGCUGGAGGUGUUGGCAUGAUUCUAAUAAAUAGCAUAGAUGAUGGUUUUACGACAUCAGCUGAUGCUCAUGUUCUUCCAGCUAUGGAUGUAACUUAUGAUGAUGGAAUGAAAAUCACUGAGUAUAUGAACUCAACAAAAAAAUCUAUUGCGCGUAUUACAUUGCAAGGAACUAUUAUUGGAGACAAAAAUGCUCCAAUUGUUGCUGGUUUUUCUUCCAGAGGACCAAGCAUAGCUACUCGCGGAAUUUUAAAGCCUGAUAUUCUUGGUCCCGGAGUUAACAUUCUUGCUGCUUGGCCUACUUCUGUUGAGAACAACACUAACACAAAAUCUACCUUCAACAUAAUUUCCGGUACCUCUAUGUCAUGUCCUCACCUCAGUGGAGUUGCAGCAUUGCUUAAAAGCGCACAUCCCACUUGGUCUCCUGCAGCUAUUAAAUCAGCAAUCAUGACAACUGCUGAUACAGUCAACCUCGCCAACAAUCCUAUCUUAGAUGAAAUGCUCCGUCCUGCUAGCAUCUUUGCCAUUGGUGCAGGACAUGUCAAUCCAUCAAGAGCAAAUGAUCCAGGACUAGUUUAUGAUACCAAAUUCAAGGACUACUUGCCUUAUUUGUGUGGUUUGAAUUACACAAAUCGCGAAGUUGGAAACCUUCUACAACGUAAGGUGAAUUGCUCGGAAGUGAAAACUAUUCCUGAAGCACAACUGAAUUAUCCUUCAUUUUCCAUCACAUUCGGAACACAUUCUCAGACAUAUACAAGAACAGCGACUAACGUCGGGGAGGCUAAAUUUUCUUACAAUGUGGAGAUAGUUUCACCACCAGGAGUUUCUGUGACUGUUAAGCCUUCUAUUCUAAAGUUCUCGAAGUUAAACCAGAAAAGGUCAUAUCAAGUGACUUUUUCAAGAACAGCCAAUAGUUCAACCAGUGGUGUAGUUCAAGGAUUCUUGAAAUGGACUAGUAAUAGGCAUUCCGUAAGAAAUCCAAUUGCAGUUGUCUUAGAAGAAACUGCAACAUUGGAUUUUUAGUCUCUUUUCCUUUUAAUAAUAAGUCUGCCUUACUGGUUUGUUUGACAAUGUUGAAUGAGUGCAGACACCCACAUUCUAUUAUACUAGUGUUACUUUCUUUUCAGUAAGGGUAACCCGGUGCACUAAGCUCCCGCUAUGCGCGGGGUUCAGGGAAAGGUCGGACUAUAAGGGUCCAUUGUACGCAGUAUUACCCUACAUUUCUUCAAGAGGUUGUUUCCAGGA